GAAACGAGCAACCAAGUCAUUAUGGCAGCUCCAACCGCCAAUGACGAGGCGGCAGCGAAGCGCCCCAAAAUUCAGCCGAGCCGGUUUUUUGCUGGACAUGCCGAGCGCCGGGGUGCCCGAGAGGCCAUCGAAGAUGUCUGCGUCGUGCAAGAGCAGCUAGAUCUGCAACGACAGGCCUGUGCACGAAUAUCGUCGGCUGCUUAUUUUGCCUGCUUUGAUGGGCAUGCAGGACGACGAGCUGCCGAUCAUUGUGCGGAGCACAUGCUGCCGCAUAUUCUUGCACAUUUGCCAUCGUUGUCUGAUUUUGGUUCCAAGGAGUGCGCAACCAAGAUACGCAAAAGCCUUGGACAAGCCUUUGCAGCCGAGGAUCGUGAGUUUUUGGCGCUGGCCCGGGCUGGCCAGCCUCAGUGGAAGGAUGGGUGCACAGCAACAGUGUGCCUGGCUCUCAACGAUGUUCUGUUCACUGCCAAUGUGGGAGAUGCGAAAGCUAUACUCGUGCGUUAUAAGGAAGCGCCAACCGUGGCCGACACUGAAUCGGUGUUGCCGAUGUUGGUCGACCAGGACAUUGCGACACUAGUCCUGACCAAGGACCACAAUCCCGUGGUGUACGAGGAGCGCCAACGCAUUCAAAAGGCUGGGGGUAGCGUGACGGACAAUCGUGUGCAAGGCGUCCUGGGCGUCUCGCGUUCAAUUGGCGACGGCCGCUACAAGCAUCUCGGGGUCAGCAGCCAGCCGUUUACGAGCAAGUGCACAUUGGACCCCAACAAGGAUCUCUUUCUCGUGCUGGCUUGCGAUGGCUUGUGGGGAACCCUAUCAGCCUCUGAUGUGAUUCAAUUCUGCAUGAAGGCCUUUGGUGAAGCAGAGCAGGACGACCAGUUGGCUGGCCAACCCAAACUGCAGGCAACACAUGUGGCCGCUCGAUUGGCCAAUCAUGCUGUGGAGAAGGGUGCCUCGGACAAUGUUUCAGUGCUCUUGGUGCGCUUUGCAACCAAGCCCUAACUUGCCACAGCUGAUUGCUCAUAACAACACAAAACAACAAGUGCCCCCCGAUUCUUCCGAGUUGAAUUGAUAUACCAGUC